AUGAGAACAAAGACCAGGAAUAAUUUUGAACAAAAUGUUGGUCUCAUUAUUAAUAUGCUCUUCCAGAGAGCUGAUGAAUUUGCUUCAAGAUUUAUAGGGAACCAUUAAGUUCCAUAAGAACACUACUCAAUCAUCAGGUUAAUUUAUCGAAUUCUUCUACUUCCUGAAAAUUGCCUUGGAUGUUUAAGAUUUUCAAAACAUUAAUUAGAAUAAUAUAUUAUUGUUCUAGAUACGAGUAACAAUGUCAAUCAUCCAUUAUUGGAAAAGGCCUUAUAGAAAUUAAAGAAUAUUUUGAAUUAUUAAUGA